AUGAUGAAGCAGUGGAUUGUUGAAGAGCCGCAACACAGACGAACAUCCCAUCUUUAUGUAGGGCCCCAGAACGAUUAUUAUUUAACUAUACGCUGGUUGAUGAAGGUGGCCGCUAGACGUUCACGUAAAACGCUAACUUCCGGUGCGGUAGAUGAAGCAACUGUCGCGAUCUUACCGUUGCCUUAUAACGAGGCCGCCCACAGAGUCGUCGUUGAGGAAUACCAUUUCACACAUGGGAUUCCAAACUGCUCCCCGCUGGAAGCAUACGGCAUCGCAUACGUUCGCAGGCUGGUCUCGUUGAAACUCUACGAGUUCCAACCGUCUGCGACGCAGUUCACUGUCCUCCUGGAGCAUAAUGAUACUCUCACGGUAUCGUCUGGGGGGGAUGCUCUGAUUGAUCGAAUGAUGACGAUACAUGCAUUGUUGGCGUUUGGGGUGACUAUCCUUGGAUACCUGCAGUGA